AUGGUGAGGCCACGGCCUCGUCCUCCUCUCUCCCUCGCCCCCGCGCUCGCUGUGGCCCUCGCGCCCGUUGGCCGCGCCGGGGCUCGCCCUGGUCACGCCCCGACCGCACACAGGCAAGCCCGCACGGCCAUCGCCCGCGCGCGCCCCGACCGCGCGCCCGCGUCGGUCACGCCCCGCCUGCCCCCCCCCCUCGUCGUCGCGCUAACCCCACCGUCGCCUCGGGCCCCUGCCCCGCCGUGGCCGCAGCUCUGCUUCGCCCGCGCCACCACCGCUCGUACAGACGGGCGGCUACCGCCGGCGCCCUCCCACUCGCCGUCCACGCCCGCGUCCGCCUCUGCCUGCCGCACUCGGCCGCCGUCGCCCAGCCGCCUCGUUGGUCACGCCCACGGUGGCCUCGCCCCUCUGCACCACCUCUGGCGGCUGGCCCCGCACCACCGCGGCCUCGCCCCGCUCCGGCCAUGGCCGGCGCCGUGCCCCGCCGUGGCCGCCAGGGCCCACGCCCACACCCCGCGCCCGUAA